GGUGGGAUGGGAGUGUCCUCUCUUCCCCUUUCCCCAGUGUCGCUGCAGGACCUUCCAGGAAAGCAGGCGCAGAGCUCCAGGAAACCGGUGUUGAGGGAGUGCUGUGCUGACCCCUGGGCCUGGCUGUGGGAGGUGGGCAGAGGGGUCAGGGCAUCUGCUACUCCAGCUUUGGCUAAAGGAGGAGGUGAGCAUCCGUCUUGCCUCCCUACCCACUCCCCAGUUCUCCUCCCCAGGCCCCUCCAUUGAGACUAUUGGCUGCUGCCCCUUUAAGCACAGUCACUCCUCCCCCCAGAGUGGUGGCACCAAGAGGGUAGGAAGGGGGGAGGCUGACCGUUCCUGCUCAACCGGGAAGAUGGCCCAGGCUGGGGGAGUCGCUCCCACGCCCCACUGCCCCCUCCCCUGACCAGGGUGAUCUGAAAGGCUCCCGCCCCACGCGCGACAAGGGCAUGGCUCCGUGGCCUCACGGGAACAGUUCUCUGGCCUCAUGGCUAGACGCCCCCACCCUGGCGCCCAAUACGGCCAACAUGAGUGGGCUGCCCGGGGUGCCGUGGGCGGCGGCACUGGCCGGGGCGCUGCUGGCGGUGGCGGUGCUGGCCACCGUGGGAGGCAACCUGCUGGUAAUCGUGGCCAUCGCCCGGACGCCGAGACUCCAGACCAUGACCAACGUGUUCGUGACUUCUUUGGCCACAGCCGACCUGGUGGUGGGACUCUUGGUAGUGCCACCAGGGGCCACCUUGGCGCUGACUGGCCACUGGCCGUUGGGCGCCACCGGCUGCGAGUUGUGGACCUCGGUGGACGUGCUGUGUGUGACCGCCAGCAUCGAAACUCUGUGCGCCCUGGCCGUGGACCGCUACCUGGCGGUGACUAAUCCGCUGCGUUACGGCGCGCUGGUCACCAAGCGCCGCGCCCGUGCAGCGGUGGUCCUGGUGUGGGUCGUCUCCGCCGCUGUGUCGUUUGCGCCCAUCAUGAGCCAGUGGUGGCGCGUAGGGGCCGACGCCGAGGCGCAGCGCUGCCACUCCAAUCCGCGCUGCUGCGCCUUCGCCUCCAACAUGGCCUACGUGCUUCUCUCCUCCUCGGUCUCCUUCUACCUCCCGCUCCUUGUGAUGCUCUUCGUGUACGCAAGAGUGUUCGUCGUGGCUACGCGCCAGCGGCGCCUGCUGCGCGGGGAGCUGGGCCGCUUUCCGCCCGAGGAGUCUCCGCCGGCUCCGUCGCGCUCUCGGUCCCCGGCCUCCGAGCGGACGUGCGCUUCGCCCGAAGGGGCGCCUUCCUGCGGCCGGCGACCCGCGCGCCUCUUGCCUCUCCGGGAGCAUCGGGCCCUGUGCACCUUGGGGCUCAUCAUGGGCACCUUCACUCUCUGCUGGCUGCCCUUCUUCCUGGCCAACGUGCUGCGCGCUCUCGGGGGCCCAGCUCUGGUCCCCAGCCCGGCAUUCCUCGCCCUUAACUGGCUCGGUUAUGCCAACUCCGCCUUCAACCCGCUCAUCUACUGUCGUAGCCCGGACUUUCGCAGCGCCUUCCGCCGUCUUCUGCGCCGUCGCGGGCAGGAGGAGCCCCGCGCCGCGGCCGCCGCCUCCCCGGCCCGCGUCCCCUCGGGCGCCCCCGCAGCCCGGAGCAGCCCCGCGCCGGCCGGGCAGUGCCCACCACGCGAUGAGUUUAAUGGCUGUGAAGGUGAGACUCCACUCCGAGUUUGAAGGACAGACCCGAGCAGGAGCCCGGCUUCGUGGGGAGUUACUUCCUAGCCUGAAGGGCAAGCAGCAGCAGGUUGGGAAAGACUCCGGCCUCUGUUCAGAAGGAGCCUGGAAUCUCCUC